ACAACUACAACUAUAAGAGAAAGAAUCCAAUCCUCUCUGAUAACAAACGCUGUUUUAUGUCCAUACAAAUAUUAUACUACAUUUAGACCCCACAAAAAGCAUUGAAAAAGAAAAGAAAAAAGAAAAAUGGAUUCUCUCUCAAUCACUUGCUCACAGUUGUUAAUCCCAUGGCGUCCUCCGUAGCAAUUAUUCACUGCUCCAGACUUUUCCCAAAUGGUGUCCCUUCAGCUUCAAGUCUGGGCACAAAGUCCCUUCCAAAAUCCUCGCCCGUUGCUUUCAAUGGGGUUCGGUCGUCACUUAAAAAACGCCAUGAAUUCCCGAAUAGAUCGGAUGGGGCUGCUCGGUCUCUCCGAUUCAGUUCCGGGUUUUCGCAAAUGGGUUCUCGAGAAAUUUCCUCGAGAAGUGAGAUUUCAGUCCAAUCGAGCACUUCAGAUAGCAGUGGCAGUGCCACUUCCACGGUGUCUCAAAACGUUUUUGGGAUACUGCAUUUGAUUGUGUCACUUGGGACUAUACUUGCAGUGGACAAGUUCUUGAAGAAGGCAUUUGCGGCGGCUGCAAUUAAGUUCCCAAGUGCACUUUUUGGGAUGUUCUGUAUUUUCUCUGUUCUUGUGAUUCUUGAUUCCACUGUCCCAGCAGCAGCAAAACGCGUCAUGGAUUUUUUUGAGCCAGCGCUUUUGUUUAUCCAGAGAUGGCUGCCAUUAUAUUAUGUUCCAUCUUUGGUUGUUUUGCCACUUUCUGUCAAAGAUAUUCCAGCGGCUUCCGGCAUCAAAAUUUGCUACAUCACAGUUGGAGGAUGGCUGGCUACACUUUGCAUUGCGGGAUUUACAGCAAUAGCUGUAAGAAAACUGGUAAAAACAGAAAUGGUUGAUGCUGAACCUAUGGCAAAACCCUCUCCCUUUUCGGCUUUGGAAAUAUGGUCAUGGAGUGGGAUUUUGGUCAUAUCAUUUGUUUCUGCAUUACUAUACCCUACAGUGCUCGGAACAGGUGCUCGAACAUGCCUUCCAUUCCUUCUUGCUUCCACCGUGCUAGGCUACAUGGUUGGUUCUGGGUUACCAUCAGGUAUAAAGAAGGUGUUUCAUCCAAUUAUAUGCUGUGCAUUAUCUGCUGACCUCACAGCAUUGGCUUUCGGGUACCUUUCACGAUCUGGACUCAAUUCUGUUCUAGGAUACUACCUAACAAAGGCUUCAUCUAAUCCUGGAGCUGGAGAUGUGCUGAUGGGAUUUUUGGGUUCUGUAAUUCUCUCGUUUGCCUUCUCCAUGUUUAAGCAGAGAAAGCUGAUUAAGAGGCAUGCAGCUGAGAUCUUCACGUCCGUCAUUGUUUCGACGAUAUUCUCGUUCGCUCUUGUUGGGCGUCUGGUUGGGUUAGAACCAAGCUUGACUGUGUCAAUUCUACCCAGAUGUAUAACUGUGGCGUUGGCUCUGAGCAUUGUUUCUUUAUUUGAAGGUACCAAUUCAUCGCUUACAGCGGCGGUAGUCGUAGUAACUGGUCUUGUUGGAGCAAAUUUUGUGCAAGCGACCCUAGAUAAGCUACGGUUUCGUGAUCCUAUCGCUCGAGGAAUAGCAACUGCUUCUAGUGCUCAUGGGUUGGGGACAGCUGCCUUGUCAGCGAAGGAACCCGAGGCUCUCCCAUUCUGCGCAAUUGCGUAUGCGCUGAAUGGUAUUUUUGGCUCUGUGCUCUGCUCAAUUCCAGCAAUUAGGCAAAGUUUGCUUGCCGUGGUUGGGUAAACGGCACUUCCAAAUUUUGGUAAUGGCUCAAAAUUUAAGUUCUCAAUGAGAUGUUUAGGCUUAACGUGAAGGGGGAAAGGUGACCAUAACAUUUAGAACUAGCUUGUUUAUUGUGUACAUAAUCCGUCGAACAACUUUAAUGUGAGAAGCAUUCAAAUAUUCCAGAGAUGCCCUCACUUCAGUGCUUUGUUCCUUUGCGUCAUUAUGAAUUACAUUUUUUGUUUUGCUAUAUUUUAUCCUGUUGGUGAAAUAAGGAAUGAUUUAUCCGAAUAAGGGUCUAUUUAAUAAAGCUCCGC